AUGCUAUCAAGGUUAAGUGGAGAAACUCCUGGCGGUAAAAAGCGACGGAUCAAGUUGGUGGUUGACCGAGAGUACGAGACCAGCUCCACCGGUGAGGAGAGCAUCCCAGAGACCCAACGUAGCCGUUUAUCCUCCACACACAACAGCCACAUCAACCUUAAUGGAGGAAUCUAUGUGGCCCAGAACGGCUCCAUCGUACGCACCAGACGAUCUGCCAACGCAUCAGGUCCUUCACAGAGCACCAGCUCCACAAAGAACAACCUAAAACCAAACUCUCCCAUCUUCAGCUCACGGCUAGCUAAGCACUUUAAAAAACUGGAUAAAAUGGCUGCUACUUUGGAGGAGAGGGUCCCCCUGAACACCACCAGGGCCCCAGCAGGAAGUGGACGCCACACACUGAGCACUUUCCAGAGCUGCAGAAGGGCUGCGUCAGCAACGGCCCCCUCCUCUCUCUCUAACACUGACAACAUGCUGAAUGUGUUAAACACGCGACAAUCCAGCGUAUCUUUAGGGUCAACCAGCACCAACAACACAGGCCCUGAAAGCAUGGUGUCUAAACCUGACGUGCUCCCAGCUGCACUAGGCAUCACAGAACAGGAGGAGAAUGCAGCAGACAGACACAGACCAACAGGGGGCGAGCUGGAAUCAAAGGUGGAUGGAAACAGCAACGUGGAGUCUGCUGUGAGAGAACCUCUGGAUUGCCCGAGUGACAGAACACAAUCUGAUGAGGAAGAGUUGUGGAUGGGCCCCUGGAACAGCCUUCACAUACCCAUGACCAAACUCUGAGUCCAACGCCACUGUGCUCGUUCAUUAUUGCCAAGACCAUUCAAUGUUUUCAAUAUUAUUUCUUUUAAAACUCUGUGAAGCUAGUGGGGAAGCCCCAGUGCUGCAAAUAUAUAUAUUAGUUGAUUUAUACUGGCAACAAUUGACUUUGCAUACUCUGGCACUGGUAUUACAUCAUUUAUUUGUAUUGUAUCUUGAGUUCAAUGGGAGCUGCUGGAAAAAAACAGCAAGUACUGUGAAAUUUAAUGGGGCAUUUUCUGCAAUGUCUGUUUCAACCUCUGCAUCCACUCAUUUCAGCCUCUCAGAACUGCAGCGCCCUCAGAAAGUGGACCUACAGUGAUUAUAUCCAACAACAGUGAGCAUUUAACAGUGAGGGGACAAAAACUUGAUUCUUCUUAUUGGCCCUUUAAGCGGCUGGUGUCUGUAAGGAACUAUGCUCCUUUCAUUCAGGUUUACGGCCAACGGUGCAACUCAUCUUUAAUUAGCCUGAUGCAUUUCAUUGACACAUGCAGUCUUGUAUUGUUCACACUUGCCUUUUUAUUCUUGUCAAGCUGCUUGGCAAACUUAUUCCAAAUAAAGU